AGAGAGAGUGAGAGAGAGGGAGAGAGUGAGAGAGAGAGAGGAGCUGAGAACGAAAAAUCACUGGCUCUGGAAGAGUUGAGCUCCACACACUCGGAUUUUUCCUGACUCCUGCCGUGGACGACCUUGUCUAAACCGGGAUUUAUGGCUGCACGGGAGCGGUAGUGUCGACGGGGAGACUCUCGGCGCCUUGAAAGGAAACUUCCCCGUGACUUUGUCGCACAUUUUGUCUGAAUCAGCGAGUUCUGUUGCUUUCACACCUUCUGAUUCUCGGGACAGCAGGGAGCGGCACAUCCUGGCAGGUCCCGGGGGUAGAUGCUAUGUACUUCACAAAGAGGGACUCCAUGGCUGCUAGUGCUGUUGCUUGAUUCAACCCACAGUCCAGUUUCCCCCAAAUUUGAGGCCUGCAGUGUUCAUCAUUGCUGCACUACAGUCCGUUCCCGCAGCUGUUAGCUUCAUGGAGGGGUUCCCUGUCCACUGACUCACCUGGCUGCUUCACCGGACCAGCAGCCAUGUCUGCCUGCAGCACCUUUACAGAGCACGUGUGGAAGCCGGGCGAGUGCAAGAACUGCUUUAAACCCAAAAGUCUGCACUGUCUGUCUCAGAGUAGUGGAAGGAAGCUUCCCUCUGAGCAGAGGCUUCCAACAUCUCAGCAACAGAAUCAACCUCCUUCAGGGGCCAGAGCUAACCCCAACAACCCCCAGAGGGCCAGCAGUGGAUCUGCACGCUCAGGACACUUCCGUCCACCCGUGGCAAAGAAGCCAACUAUUGCUGUUAAACCUACUAUGAUGUUGCCCUGCUCUUCUGCAGGACUGGACUCAGAUGGCAACCUACAAAGACCACCUAAUGUGAUAGAACAGGGCAAAACUUCAGCCUUUACGGUCUGGAAUCGUAAUGGACUGAACCGUAAGAGGCCAGGGGAGCCCAGCAACAAUAAUGAAGGAGAGGCUGGCAGUGAGGAGAUUGAGGGUUAUGGGCACCUCAGCCCCAGGACCCCUACUGGAAAUAACAACAGCAGUGGACUGACAGACGUCCUGAAAGAAAUUGCCGGGUUAGGCCCUGGCCUUAGCCCCACACCCCUCUCUGGUUCAAAAGACUUGUUUUGGGGGCGAAUCAGUAGUUCAUACCAACGGUCCUUGGAAAGAGGCCUUCCUGCCUCGAGCUGUCUGGCGAUGGGAAGUACCUGUACUGGAAGCGGUGGCACCGCCCUCAAAAGGGUCUCUCUCAGCGACAGCACAGAGAUCAUCAGCAAAGAGGGCGGUCGCUUCUGCUACCCAGAGUUUUCUAGUGAAGAUGAUGAGGAUGAUGAUGAUGAGGAUGAUGAGGAAGACACUGAGAGGGAUGAUGAUUAUGAAGACGAUGAUGAUGAUGAUGAUGAACAUGAGAGCUGGGAUGAAAGUGAUGAAGAGUUACUUGCCAUGGAGAUCCGUAUGCGAGGCCAACCACGUUUUGCGAACUUUCGUGCUGCUACGAUGUCCCCUGUUCCAUUUGCUGCAGGGAAAAAGUGGAACACUGUGCCGCUACGCAACCGCUCGCUACAGCGGAUUUGUGCGGUGGACUAUGAUGACAGUUAUGAUGAGAUCUUGAAUGGAUACCCCUCAAUGGACUCCAACGGAGUUCUUCUUCCCUAUGGGCCCCAUGAUAUGCAAGGCAGUGGUUUCAUAUCAAAUUCAGAGUCGACAACUUCUCCAGACUCGUCAUCAUCUCUACCUGAAGAUUCACGGACAACUUCCAGCAGUGGAAGCAGCGCCCCCUGUGCUCUUCGGAAUGGCUUGCAUUCGCCGACAUCCAAGGCAUCAAUACCCUGCACUUCUCCGAAAAAGGAGCCCGUCCACAGAGCACUGAGUCCACUCAAAGUGACUGAAACACACAAGGCUGUUCUUGCCAUUAGAUUAGAGGAACAAGAUGGCAGGGAAGGGAUGCCAAUGCCCCAGGCUCUUCCAGGUCAGCCAGUCACCAUCAGUUUUAGUCCCACAGAGGAACAAGCUAAACCAUACCGUGUGGUGAAUUUAGAAAAAUCGCUCAUCUGUAAGCCUUACACUGUUGUGGACGUGUCGGCUUCCAUGGCCAAUAAAGACGAGCCAAUUCCAGACUCUACUGCGAAGCCCAAAAACCUGUCCAUGCCUACCAGCCCUACAUCAUUCUGUAGCACUCCUUCAGGUCAACCUCUGUCUCCAACCUCCCCUGUAUCUCCUGCUCCCGCAGUGAUGCCUACAUCACCUAUGUCUGCAGUUCUUCCAGGUCCCCCUCGGAAAAAAACAGGGAGCAUACGGUACCAGGAAGUAUGGACGUCAAGCACAAGUCCUCGUCAAAAGAUACCUAAAGUGGAGCUGGGAGUUGGGGGUAAUUCUGGCCCUUCCUUCCCUGCUCAGCACUGCAGCCACAAGUCAGCUCCCACUUCUCCCAUUGCCGGGCUGUCCUCCUCUCGAACUGUUCCUGUGAAAUCCCCCAACUUAUCAGAAAUCAAGUUCAACAGUUUCAACAACGCCGGCAUGCCUCCUUUUCCUAUUAUUAUCCGAGAUGAGCCAGCCUAUGCCCGAAGCUCCAAGAAUGCGGUUAAAGUCCCUAUUGUUAUCAAUCCAAGUGCAUAUGACAACCUAGCUGUGUACAAGAGCUUCUUGGGAGUUAGUGGGGAACUGCCACAGCCAAAAGGGGUUAGUAGUAGGGCAACCAGCCAUACUUAUGAAGAGAUCGGAUCCUCUGAGAGUGUUCAGUCCUCCACAACAGAGAAAAGUAUGUCUGGUAAAGGCACAUCAGAGAGAGCCUCUUUUGAAGAGACUAAAGCUUCACCUGAAGCAGUGUCAAAAGCUCCAAAUUUACAGCCUAGAACCACUACAGACUCUAGCACUGUGACAAGCACUGUGAUGAGCUCCUCAGCCGGGGCCCUCUCUCCUACUGCAUCAACAAAUUCCCCUGCCAUUAAUCCAAAUCUGCCCAAAACCAGCUCAAACACUAAUUCUGUUACACGCAUUUGCAAGACAAGCGAGGACGCUCCUUGCAGUAAUGAUAACACAGACUCAGCUUUGUCUCCUGGGACAUUGGGAAGCCAUCGCGAGGAGGCCAGUGCUGUGCUUUUACAAAUUGUGGCCUCUAUCCAGCCUCCCCAUUCUCCUCCAGACACACCUACAGCACAAGCCAAAACCCUCAGCUCUGAGGAGCUGUAUGCUCUUCCACCUGAUGCUAUGAAGGAGACCCUAGCAAGACCCAAAUCUCUCUUUUCCGCAACUGAUGGCUGUCUCUCUAAACCCAAGAAGGACACGCCUUCUAAAGUUUUGUCCAAAUCACAGAGCGCCUCUGCUGCUGUCCCACUCUCCAGCCCCCGUUCAGAGCCCAAUGCCCCCUUCCCCCCUCCGAGAUCCACAUCCUCCCCUUACCACGCUUCCAACAUCCUCCAGAGACAUUUUGGCAAUUGGACCAAGAGCUCUGCCUCCAGUUCUCCUGUACGCCCAGCUGAAGGUGAACUCAGUCCAGGUGCAGAGGGGAGACGGAUUUCAGCAGAUAGCUCUAAACCCAAACGCUGGAUCUCCUUUAAGAGCUUCUUUCGCAGACGGAAAGACGAGGAUGAGCAGAAAGAAAAGUCAGAGAGAGAGAAGGAGAAAGGCAAACUGGUUGGGAUCGAUGGAACAGUCAUUCACAUACUUCCCCCACCACCGGUCCAACAACAUCACUGGUUCACCGAGGCCAAACCAGAGGAUCCCUCCCAGAAGCCAACCAUCAUCUUCACAUACAAACCAGAGAGCGGCGGCAGCCCUGGUGAUGGAGAGGGAGAACUACGAGUAGAGGAGUGCAAAGACAACACAGCACUGACCACUGAUGAGAGCAAGGAGCCAUCCAGCCCUGGGCAGACACCAGUGUCAUACAACACUGGAUGUGACACCAUCAGCAAGGACUUAAGCCAGGUACCAGUCAGUGCCAGCCAUGCCAGGGACCGAGAGCUGCCCGGCGCCGCCUCCCUGCCUGCCAAAGUGAAUCUGGGGCUGGUGCUCGGGGAGAGUGAGGAGGGCCAUGCCAACCGGGGUACGACACCGGCCUCUGCCAGCGAGGGCAGCGCCAGCCUCGGAGAGCCUGAGGAGGAGGAUGGGAACAACUCCCAUCACUCCCACUCCACCGCCUCCAGCCAGUGCAGUGCCACGUACAGCAACCUGGGUCAAUCCAGAGCCAACAUGAUCCCCCUCAAACAACCACGGAACAUCAAAGCGUCCAACGACACCCUGGCCUCCAUCGACCUAGAAGGCCUUGCCGAGCAGCCCGUCCCCAGAGCCACACCACCGCCCCUGCCGAAAAAGUCCAUACCUCACUCCUGUACUGAACCCAGCCUGGGAGGCAGAGAGCCACACCCGGGAUCCCUGAGACCUCGGGCCGAGGCUAAACCUGGAGGCACCAACCUGAGUGUGGCCAACCCGCUGUACGACUUGGACUCCACCUGGGAGACGGCCAGUCAGAGCUCCUCUCUGAGCUCCGAGCCUCAUCGAGCUCAUGACCACGAGAGCGGGGACUCCUUAGAGAGACCGUCAGCUGCUACUCCUGCCAGCAAGGGCCGCCCGACUAACAGCCUGUCCUCCCUGGUUUCCCAACCUGGAUCUGCUUCACUCAGCACGCCCACAGCUAGAGAGAGGAGGGUCUACCCAAGCACAGAGUCCUUAGCUGGAAGGGGUCGGCCAACAGGUCGAGGUACUGCUGCUGCUGCUGCAGGAGGAGGAGGAGGGGGCACCAAAACCCAUAGACCUGCUCUUUACAGGGGGUUAGACAGCUGGGAUGAGGUGGUGGGAAAGAUCCGCGGGCUUCACACCGACACGCUGCGGAAGCUGGCAACAAAGUGUGAGGACCGUUUCAUGGCUGGUCAGAAGGAUCACUUAAGGUUUGGCACUGACAGCUGGUCCCACUUCAGACUGACUACUGGGAAACCCUGCUGUGAGGCAGGGGACGCUGUUUACUACACCGCCUCCUACGCCAAGGACCCACUGGUCAACUAUGCCAUCAAGAUCUGUCGCAGCAAAGUGAAGGAGACCCAGCAGCAGUUUUUCCACAGCCUCGCGGUGAGACAGAGCCUUGCUGUGAACUUCAAUAUCCAGCAGGACUGUGGACACUUUCUGGCUGAUGUCCCCAUCCGCCUGCUUCCCUGGGAAGAGGAAGAAGAAGACGAUGAGGAGGAAGAGGGUGAGGAGGAAGAUGUUAACAGGCAGAAGGAGAAAGAGAUUAAGACUGAAACCAAGACAGACUCCAAAGCUCCAAAUAGUAAACUCGCUGAAACCCCAUCAGAGGGUCACAUGAACGCAGCCGGCCGUCUGAAGAGCAGAGUGGUCGUCAUCACGCGGGAGGUUCCUUUUCAAACGGUGUCCGACUUCGUCCGAGAAGGCGUGCCAAGACACACUCAUAACCCUGAGCUGUACGAGCGUCAGGUGUGUCUCCUGCUGCUGCAGCUAUGCUCCGGCCUGGAGCACAUGAAACCGUAUCAUGUGACCCACUGUGACCUGCGCCUGGAGAACCUGCUACUGGUCCACUGCCAACCCGGCAACCCCUGGAAUCUGGACGUUCUUGAGCCCAACAACAACAGCAACAGCAGCAGCAGUUCUGGCGCUACGUCUGCCAGUGCCGCCGCUGCUGCGGCCAACGCCACCUGCCCCGCUCGCCUCAUCAUCAGCAACUUCUCCCAGGCGAAGCAGAAGACCACUCUCAUGACAGCCGAUCCUGGCACACUUCGAGACCAGUCACGCCUUGCACCCGAAAUUGUCACAGCAACUCAGUACAGGAAGUGUGACGAGUUCCAGACCGGGAUUCUCAUCUAUGAGAUGCUGCACAGGCCAAACCCCUUUGAGGAGACGCCAGAGCUGAAGGAGCGAGAGUACACCUGGGCGGACCUGCCUGCACUACCGGUCCGGUCUCUCUAUUCACAGGGUCUGCAGCAGCUCGCCAGAUUACUGCUCACUGUCAACCCCUCUGAAAGGAUACGGAUCUCUGAGGCCCGGGCCUGCCUGCAGUGCCUGCUGUGGGGCCCUCGUGAGGACUUGUUCCAGGCGCUGGGCUGCAGCAGCGUGGGCCCCAUGUCAGGAGCCACGUCCAGCCAGCGCGAGGCCACCCUCCAGAACUGGCUGGACCUGAAGCGGACACUGAUGAUGAUCAAGUUUGCAGAACGCUCUCUGGACUCUGCUUGUGGCGUCAGUCUGGAGGACUGGCUGUGCUGCCAGUACCUAGCGUUCGCCACCACAGACACCCUGAGCCGGGUGGUGCACAUCCUUCAGCAGCCCCAACCUCAUCAUCCUCAGCCCCAGAACCAGAGCCAGCCGGCGCACGCAGCACAGAACCAAACCAACCAAGCACACACCAUCCACCUGACUCAGUCGCAGCCUCUCUGAGUUCCUUUUGACCAGACGUUACCAUGGCAACAGAGCCAACUUUCCCCUAUGUGGUCCCUCUGCUGACGCUAAUGUGUGAUGUAAGCUAAUAGUCAGCUUUAUUGUUGCAGCAGCCACAGCGUAAAGUCUGUGUUUUCUUCCCUGGACUAAUCAACCCACAGAGUGAGACAUAGUGAUCCCUGCAGACAGACAGACAGACAGACAGACAGACAGACAGACAGACAGACAGACAGACAGACAGGAACUAACUUUACUUUCUCCAACUGAUCACAUCUCUCAAAGUUUCUCUCCCUCCUCUAAGUUUACACAUUUUAUGAGCGAUAUCUGAAUUUUGAUGCUUUAUCGCUGCCAAGUUCUCCACGAGCACAGAGAUGUGGUCACUAUGUAUUAUGUAUAGUCUGCAUGGCAGCUGUCUCCCAGUUUUAUUUGAGGUAGCAUCGAACAGAAUAUUCUUAAUCAUUUCAUCAGACAUCUCAAGACACUCCACGGACUCUGGUUCCUGGAGAGAGAACUUCAGAAAGUAUCAGGAACACAGUUAGCUCACUUUUAUUGAAACCAUCAUUACAAAGUGUUGUAUUUUAAAUUGGAAAGAGCCGGGUUAGAAGUCUGGAAAGAUUCAACAAAAGCAAUGAAGGGAGGUUGUUUGUAUUGAAUGGACUGAUUGAUUCGUCCACCUCACAAUCAAUCCCAAUAACCCUGAUGAAUACGUUUGAUACUGUGUAGAACUGAAGCCAAAGAGACGCCAUGAACUUCUCCCGUAGAGCACAGCGAUACUUUAACACAAGUAAGCACAUUUUUACUUCAGUUUAAAAUAAGACGCAGUCAGACUUGUUACAGCUAAAUCUUAGACUCUAAUCUAGGGAUGUAAGGAUACACUCAACUCCACAAUUCGAUUCGAAUCCCGAUUUUUGGUUCACAAUACGAUUCACUCACGAUUCUCUUAAUAAUUUUAAAAAAUAACUGGAUUGAGAUCAUAAUUCAAGUAAUUAUUAUUUCAUUUCAAUUCUCAGAAAUGGACAGUUCAAAUACAUAUUUUUUCUGUUAUACUUAUUUUUAAACAAAGUAACCCUUUUCAUUUUCAAGAUGUGUUGUAACUAAAAUAAAACCAAUGCAUACUUUUUUUCAGCAUCUUCCAAAAAAACCCCUGAAAUGAGCGUUCAAAAAAUACCUUGUUAGAAAAUGUCAGAACAAUUAUAAAGAAAUGGAAAGUGAAUGAUCCCCAAAUGAAAGUAUUAAAUAUUAAAACAAAUAAGGUAAAUCUCUUUAAAUAAACUAAAAGUGCAGCUUAUGCUCCUGGCUUGGAUUGACAUGUUUGUCUUAAUGAAUAUCAGGGGAAGCCAAAAUGUUGCCGUACCUCAGACUUGAAACACAAAGGUACAUACCGAACUCCUCGGUCUUCACCUGCUGCUGCCAUGUCUGUUACACUCAACUCAAGUGACGAGAGAGCAGCGCAAGAGACUUCAUGAUGUUGAACAAGCGGAGUGAAAUGCAGAUAGCGCCUUCCACUGUUUAAAAAUAAUAUCCCAAUACACAUUUUGUUGAAUCGAUUUUAAUCCACCCUUAUUUAUAGCAAUUUUUUACCAUCUUGCAAUAUAUCCUUACAUCCCUACUCUAAUCUAAUGUUGCUCUUCACCUUUCCAAACUUAGUCCACUGAGUCCUAAUUAAACUGAACACCUUUACACUCCUGUGAAAGGCUCUGAAAGACGAAGGUGAUCUCUUCUGAGCAGGUUUGAUAGACUGAAGUUAAAAUGGGACACAAAUGCCUCUGCGAUUGGAUGCUUGUCAGAUUACGUACAAUUCAUAUUUUAGUUUCCUCUGGAGGUCUCAGCAUGUUAACAUUUUAAGACAUAACUCAGUCUUCUUCUACACUUCUGUUAGUUUUGUGGCACAUAAACUGACUCGGUUCAGUUCAAACUCGCAAUUUUAAGAAACAAAGUUUAAGAACUUUUUUUUUUUUUUUUUUAAAGUGGAUGGGAGACAGGGAUGUUUUCAGAGACUGUAAAAAAGUUUGUCUUUUUCUAUUGUGUUGUUUUUGUCAAGUUGCUUUGGGACGGUUCUGCGAUACGGAUGACAUUUGCACACUCAGUCUAAACGUGGGCGCUCCUCGAUGGAGACUGUGGGACACAUGAUGAUGAUGCGGGAGAGACUGAGAGGAGCUUCUGUGAAUUUGAGGAGCUGGUUUUGUUUUGUUUUGCAGCGUGCGGGAAUGUUAAAGUUUGCCUGUACUGAAAACGGACUUAUGGACCUCCAGAAUCACAUCGAUGUGUCGACUGAACCACUUUUGUUUCACAUAAAAACAGAAGACACAACUUAGUACUCAACCACUUAGACCUGCUUCCGUUCCUCCUGCCUUGUUUCCCAUCCCCCCCUUUGUUGUUAUCUGGCUACUUAGACAAUCAGACUGCUUUUCACGCAACAGAUGUGAUGAGUGCGAGUAAAACAUGUGCAAAAGCUUCAGCUGCCCUAUGAAGAAACACAACAAAGCAUUUUCGGUUUUGUGCACAAGAAUCUAGUGUUGCCUAAGAAGACAAAAACAAUCGAAAUAAGCAUUUUCAGCUGUGUAGAAAGCUCUCGGCAUGCUUUCAGACGGACUACCUUUGAAGAGACUCUGAAAAAAGCAAACGUUUACCUGAUGUGCUCUUUAAAACUUUGUCUUUUCAUAAUCCAAUAACUGCAGCAGUUUAGCUCGCCGCUGUGGAGGGAAGAUGUACUGUUGGGAUCAGGGUCCUGUUUCCUUUCACUGCAGAUGUACAGAAGCAGACUUCAUGGUCCACAGAGUGAGACGCAGACAGAGCGGGUGUGAGUUUGUUGCUGCAUUUGAAAGAGUUUGUGUACUGAGGAAUGUGUGUGGACAGCACUGGUGGCUGUCCCUGUGUCAAAUGAUUUAAGCCUUUAUAUAGUAUAUAUAGUAUAAAUAUAUAUAACCUUUAUCUAUUUUAACCCACACACACAAACACACACACACUAUUUUGUCACGUAUAGAGCACCUCUAUUUCUGUCACUAGAGUCUAAAUCUCAUUUAUUCACUUUUAAAGCUUUACUCGACUUCCUGCUCGUUUUGGGAAAGACAGAGGUGAGUAGUGGUCACAGUCCCUCACAAAUAAAAACAAAAAAAGACUUUAUUCUUCCAGGAAAAAAGCGUUAUUAUACAGAACAAUGUACAGUAUUUUUACCCCUCUUGUAAAGAAUCUGUUUAGGAGAUGAACCACUUUGAGAAGAGGCUGAAGAGUGACUUUUUGAAUUUGCCAUCAUAAGUCCAACGUUCAUCAUCUGUACGGCCCGCAGCAAACAUUGUGUAUCUUUUCUUUCUCUCUUUGCUCUGGUUUCCUCUCUGCAUUGUUUAUCGCCACUGAACAGAAAAUAAAGAAGCUCUCUGAGGCUUUCUAUUAAUAUGUGUACAGUAUGUCUCCUGGCCUGCAGCCAUUUAUUGUUGAUCGAGUUAACCGACGGUAACAGAACAAUAAAUAUAUGUUUUUAUAAAUACA